CGCCCAAUCGCCGCGACCGCCUUGCGCUCCGGCCGCGUCUGCCUCCCGGGGACGCCGGGCAUCGGGAGUCAAGCCGCCCGCCGCCAUGCGGUUCCGGUUCGGGGUGGUGGUGCCGCCCGCUGUGGCCGGGGACCGGCCGGAGCUUCUGGUCGUGGGGUCGCGGCCGGAGCUGGGGCGUUGGGAGCCGCGAGGGGCGGUGCGCCUGAGGCCCGCGGGCACCGCGGCAGGCGCGGGGGCGCUGGCGCUGCAGGAGCCGGGCCUGUGGCUCGGGGAGGUGGAGCUGACGCCCGAGGAGGCGGUGCAGGACGGGGCGGAGCCGGGCCGCGUGGACACGUUCUGGUACAAGUUCCUGAAGAGGGAGCCCGGAGGCGAGCUCUCCUGGGAAGGCAGUGGGCCUCACCAUGACCGUUGCUGUACUUAUAAUGAAAACAACUUGGUGGAUGGUGUUUAUUGUCUCCCAAUAGGCCACUGGAUCGAGGCCAGUGGGCACACAAAUGAGAUGAAGCACACAACAGACUUCUAUUUUAAUAUUGCAGGUCACCAAGCCAUGCAUUACUCAAGAAUCCUACCAAAUAUCUGGCUGGGGAGCUGCCCUCGUCAAGUGGAACACGUAACCAUCAAACUAAAGCAUGAAUUGGGUAUUACAGCUGUAAUGAAUUUCCAGACUGAGUGGGAUAUUGUACAGAAUUCCUCAGGCUGUAACCGCUACCCAGAACCCAUGACUCCAGACACUAUGAUUAAGCUGUACAAGGAAGAAGGCCUGGCCUACAUCUGGAUGCCGACGCCAGAUAUGAGCACCGAAGGCCGGGUGCAGAUGCUGCCCCAGGCGGUCUGUCUCCUGCACGCGCUGCUCGAGAAUGGACACACCGUGUACGUCCACUGCAACGCGGGGGUCGGCCGGUCCACCGCGGCCGUGUGCGGCUGGCUGCACUACGUGAUGGGCUGGAAGCUGAGGAAGGUACAGUACUUCCUCAUGGCCAAAAGGCCAGCGGUGUACAUUGAUGAAGACGCCUUAGCCCGGGCACAAGAAGACUUUUUUCAGAAAUUUGGGAAGGUGCGUUCUUCCAUAUGCAGUGUGUAGGCAGCCAACCUGCCCCUCCCCCCAGUUUCCUUUGGAAGCCUGGAGUGAUGGUAGUACAAUGGCUGAGAAACAAAGAUUCCACCUGAAAAGACAGGUGGCUGGCUUCUCCCCAGACCCGCCUUCUUUAGUCUGGGGCUGACUUUCUGUUAUGCUUUGGUUGAGCUGUAUAGUCUUUGAAAUAUUUUACAAAGGAAGGUGUGACCGACACAUGAGAAAAAGCCACAAGCGGUUGGGCUGUGCAGUGCAGUUGUAGCGUCAGACAGAAAGGGAGUGCACGGAGCUUCUGCUGCCAGAAAGCAGACCGGCCUUUACUUUACAGACACGGCGUUUGUUGUAUUGUGAAUUCGCGGCUGCACUUUCCUUUUUUCCUUGUUACAUGGCACUCAGAAAAAAAAGGUAGGGCAUUCUAUAGAUUUCAUCACUUGGGUGUGUGUUUGCACACACCUGAAGCCCCUCCCCCCACAAUUUCUAGUGAAAUUAUAACAUGAGGGGUGGUCAAUUGCCAAAGAAGGCCAUAAGGGUAGAAGCCUGGUCUAUGACAAAGUAAGAGCUCAAUAUAACCAAAAUUGAUGGCUUUCUAGACCUUGCUUUUUCAUCCUGCUUCAAAGUAUGUUCCCAGGUGUCACCUUCCCGAUCCACCCACAACCCUAUGCAACACCCAAAGUAAAGUUAUUAUCUCUCUGUUUGUUUUAAUUGAGGCUCAAUGAACAUGGAUAGCUUGCUCAAGGGCUCAUGGCUCAGUCAGGGAUGAGCUGAAGUUUAUUUGACUCAGUGCUUUUCAACACAACGUGUUCUGCCAGCAAACGCGAGUGAAUACAGCUUCUCUGUCGCCGAGUAAGGUUGAUGUUUCUGCAGCAGUUGCUACCAUGAGAAAUGGAACAGCAUUCUGAUCAGUUGCCAAAGAAUUUGAGAGCAUACUUACUUACGUUCUGUAUGACCUAUUUUAAAGCAAAGGUGGGCUGUCUUAAAGCCAAAGUGGCCUGGGCCAUAGCUCACAAGAGGGUCUAUAUGGGUAGGGCAAAAGGAGGUUUAUAGUGUAAGUACGUGAAAUGACGUUUAUUCUUGUUUUCUUAUUUAUUCAUUAUUGUAUUGUUUUCCAUACAAACAACUGUAAACCUACUUGUGCCCCACCCUGUAUUACCAAAAGAGCUCAAAGAGCCCAGCCGUAGAUCGCUGUUCCACAGCUUGGGAACCAUCCUGGGCCACACUCAGUUUCAUACAAUAACACAGUUACUGUGCCACCAGAACGUGCCCCUCACUGCCUCGCCCUAGACUGCUGGAAAGACAAAGACGAGCAAAACUUUGCCUUCAAAAGCUCACAGCCGAGGAAUAGCCUUGUGUUCAUUUAAGUAUAAUGCAUGAUUGAACCGUGAAUGCCAUGCUUGACAGGGGAAAGGGAAGUAGCUUUUGUUGGGUGCCUCUUAUGUGCUGGGCGCUUCACCGUCUUAUCCCUUUUCAUCUUCACAGGACACUAUGAGAGAGGUUUUGUCGUCCUCACUAUACAGACUAGGCAACUAAGGCCCAGAGAGGUUAAAGCAACUGGAUAGGAUAAUGAGGUAAAUAAAUGAGAUGAAAUGAUAUACAAACCCACGUUUGUCUGACUCAAAGCCCGUACUUUUCCUGUUAAACUAUGAUGCUUACUUACUUUUGUUUCAUAAAUAUUUAUUGAUAGAUAUGAGAGAGUCUGGUUUAGGAGGGAUAGGGAAUAAGAAGGAUGGCAGGCAAGUCCCAGUGGCAGUCAGAGGAGAGAAAGAUGCUUUAUCGUUGUGGGCCACAGGGGAGAUGGCAUUUGAUUUGGGCAGGGAAGGCUAGACAAGACACAUUUCUCCUACAGUUUUACCAAGUCAGAUUUAUAAGCCAAGAUGGAAUAAUAUGAAGUCCAGCUCCCUUGCUAAGAAAGAACUGGAGAUAACUGUUGUGUUAAAGUAACUCCUUUAUUGUCAUAAUGUAUUGUGUAAAAUUUAAUCUUAAAAAUGAAAUAUUUCUAACUAAUUGUGUAUGUGUGUGUGA